AAACUCUCUUCUUUUUCAGACUCUGGGUAUCUCUCCAUGGGGCCAACUCUUCACCUCGCAUCUGGUAUUCUCAAUCUUGAAUCGUCAACAGCAACCAUUUUCGCUCCUUCGGAAUCUGCUUUCGCUCGGUCAGGCCAGUCUUCUCUUGUCCAACUUCAGUAUCAUAUCUCCUCAGCAAGAUUCUCCGCUGAAACCCUCCAGACCCUUCCUUCCGGUGCAAGAAUACCUACAUUGUCGUCGAAUUAUUCUUUGAUCGUCAGUACUGUUAAGAGUUUUGGUGCCAUGAUUUCCAUUAAUAAUGUCUUGAUCCCAAAAUCAGUCAUAUUCGAUGAUGGGGCGCUGAUAAUAUAGGGAACAGAUGAUUUCUUUGAUCCAUCUUUUGAGAUCCUUCCUUGUUUUCCCGUGGAGCAUGAUGCUUAUUCAUUUUACCGAGAGGCAAGUUUUGAUGUUGAUCUUUACGAUCAGGCUUCGGAUUUGUUGAUGUCCAGGGGUUAUACAAGCAUGGCCACCUUUCUUGGUAUCCAAUUGGGAGGGUUCAGCCCUCGGACAAGAUUGACAAUCUUUGCAUCAGUUGAUGAAGCAAUAGAAGCGGGCAUAAGAUCUUUUAGCGAUUAAUCGGGUAUAUUCCGGAGACAUGUAGUUCCCAGGUUGCUUCCAUGGAAAGAUUUGUCUAGGCUCAAUGAUGGAACAGUUUUGUCUACUUUCGCAAAAGGGUUCUUGAUCAAUGUGACCGAAUCAGGUGAUGUCGUUUUGCUUAAUGAUGUUCCAGUGAUCUUUCCGGAAAUGUAUGAUAGCCAUUUCCUCAUCGUACAUGGCCUUGCUCAGUUUAUAAUGCCACCAAAAAAGCAAGAAUUAGAAGAAGAAUCUUUAUCAGAACUUGGGGAUUACGGUAGAAUCUGCCAAAUUUUGAUGAAUAUGGAGGGCCAUAAGAAAAACUUCGUAUUUUUGGUAUGUUGGCAUUCAUCACUGUGGCUUUUCUUCCAUUUCAUCUAACAUUCUUAUCCAUCCAACUGUUUUUUUUAAGGUGAUUUAUUAUUAAAGCCAGCCAUCAACCUGCCACUUCAAGUCUUAAGUCCUCAUUGACAAAAGACUCUUGGUGGCAUAAUAGUUGCCUUAGAUGGGUGAAGAUUAUACAAUUAUAACCUGUGAGACUCUGCCCAAAAAGCAAUUGGCAACACAUCACCAUGAACAAAAGAAAACACCUAUACAAAAAGAUCAUCCUAGUUCCAACAGAACACAACAAAGAAUCCAAGAGAUUCAUCAAAACUAAAAACAUUGAGCCAAAAUCAAAGCAACAGCUUACAGUAAAACAACAAAUGGAGAGCUCAAAGAAUCUCUCCACUUGCCAAAACCUAGGCUACAAGACCUCCCAACAUGUUGUUCUUUAAGAUCUCUUCUGCAGCAGAUUGAUCGCCCUCGUAUGCAGCCAACACGUCCGUCCAACUUUUAACUAUUUGCUCUAGAGCACUUAACUUCUACAAUUCUUGUUUGUAGCUCAUACUACAGUUAGUUGUAUUAGCAACAUGGAUGAGACAGAAUUUUGAGUUUAAAUCAAAUAUAUUUCUGUUGACAUUCAAGGAAACUGAAUGUUGAAUUGAGGC